AUGGCGUCAAACCAAACUCAUAUACUUACGUUACUGGCACCAUCCCAGGAGCCAAAGCUACUGUACGCCAUAGAUGGCAUCUCGGCGUACCACAUCACAAAUGGGAGCGAGGAGACCCUCACGCCUGCCGGGCCACAGACCCUUUCCCUCCUUAUGGUUCCGACCUCGUCCCCGUUCGCCGAUCGUUCCGUUGAUCCCAAGUCCGGCAAAUCUGAAGAGGACUUUUACCUGCACCUCCACCUACCACCUGAGCUGGACCUCCCCCUGCCUGCGACUACUCAGAUAUAUCACCAACCUCCCCGAAGCUACCUCAUUCCACGCUGGGAUCUUGGGCGUGACAGCGGUGCCUUUACCCGCAUAGAGUUUCCCGAGCUCGGGAGCCGGGAGCACAUACAGGAGGAUGUAGACACGUUCGAGACAAUAUUGGCACAAUGCACAGCCUUCCUGGAGAGGGCGCCACCGCCCAAGCUGGGCGUAUCUUCUUCUUCCAAGGGUGAAAAGUCUGGCUUUGGUAAUGAGAAGGCAGGCCCCAGGUCUAUGGAAACCGGUGUGGCAGGGCCCUCUUCCAAGUCCAAGGCUACCCUUUCUCAGGACCCGCCCCCAUACAACCCGAACGACUUCCAGCCAGGGGAGGCAUACGCACGCGGCAGCCAUAGCAAGCAGCAAACGGGCCAGAUUGUCCUUAUUGAUGAGGAGGAUGGCAGUGUCAUAGGAGAGCUGGGGGAGGGAAUGACAGUCAUUGAGCAUCAGGCUCUGAAGCCGGGCUCCAAAGAGCCCGUCGAGAUCACACUUCCAACCGAUUCAACCCAGAACAUAUCUGUUGCCCCGGCUUCCAAGGAGUCUGUCGAGAUGCUCAUGCAUCCUGCUUACCAAAAAUCCUUCCUGGUAUCCAAUGCAUCCAUGGCUUCCCGGUUCAUCGUCGGCACCUCAGACAAGGUAUCAAGUCUGCUGCAGUCGGGAGCGACUGCCAUCACCGCCAAGAGCAAGCCGGCCGGUAAGCCCAUGACAUUCAAGCCAGCGACCCACGACCGAAUCCGGCGCAUCAAUACUUUCACGGGAGGAGCAGUUGGCCUCUCCGCCAAGACGGUAGGGCAAAUCGGCAAGGUCGCACAAAACGUGGGUGCAACCCUCGCGCGCAAGGGACACAAGGGUGGCGGUAAGGGCUUUGACAAGGACGGUAACCCCAUCGAUGGCUACAAGCCUGGCUUGUUGAACAAGAGCUUGAUGGCAUUCUCGACCGUGGCCGAUGGCAUCGAGCAGGCGGGCAAGACGCUGCUGACGUCGACCUCGAAUGCCGCCACGACCGUGGUAGAACACAAGUGGGGUCCCGAGGCCGGCGAGGUGUCGCGUAACCUUGGCUCCGGUGUCAAGAACGUAGGUCUGGUCUACAUCGAUGUCACCGGAGUGUCGAGGCGUGCCCUUGUGAAGAACGUGGCCAAGGGCAUGAUCGUGGGUAAAGCACCAAAUGGAAGUGACGUUGUGGUAGGUGCUGGAGAUGGCGGUGUGGUCCCAGUGCCACCCGAGAAGAGACUCAAGGAGGGCGAGGGGAAAGGUAGCUCUAGUUCGGCAAGCUCAAUCAAGGGCUAUUCGGAUGAUAAGAAGGGGGCUAUUGAGUACAAGUGA